AUGGCACAGAACCUCAACGAUCUUCUCCAUGCCCUCGUCGAGUCUCACACCGGCAAUCUGUCUGCGAGCAUCUUCUCCACCCUCGCCCACCAUGGCCGCCUUUCGCUACCCACCCUCGCCAGCCAUGCUCAAAUCCCGCUUCGUCGAGCCCGUACAGGCAUUGCCUCACUUCUCGAAGAGCAACUCGUUCACUACAUCGCUGGGGAAGAAGACUCGCCUGCACUGUACUCGGCCAAUCUCGAAGGCGCAUAUAACCUCGCUCGGCAUAUGAAUGUGGUCCGGCUAGUGACGGAGAGGCACGGCGAAGCAGCAGGGCAGGUGGUCAAGAACAUUUUGCAGCUCGGUAAUGCUCGAGUCGGUGACCUUGCUGAGGCCUAUAAUCUACGACCAGUCUCAAAACGGGACAGUGCCAUUAGCAGUGAGCAUGCCACGUCUAAUGGCUACCACAAGUCAAAGCCGUCACCACUCCACCACAUCACAUCCGCCUCGGAACUCCACAACAUCUUGCGCACCCUGCUACAAUCAGGUAUCUUGGUCAAGGUCGGCGCACGUGCUUUCAUCUCCGCUUCAGACUUUAAAGAACAGAUCGAAGAGACAGUCAUCAAUGAGCAGUUCCCGGAUCGCAAAGUCACUGGGCCGAAAAAGCAAGCUCUAUUCGCUGGUGCCGUCCGUCAACUCAAGCGCAAGUGGCAAAGUGACGAUGCGUUCUCCGAAGCUCAAGACUAUGACUCGAAAGGCACCAUCAAGCGACCAGGCCAGCACUUUACUGCACCUAACAAGCGUGCCAAGUUGAACAACGGCCUCACCAAUGGCCACACCGAUGAAGACUCUGGUCCAAAGCUAUCGAGCGAUCUCAUCGUCCGAGUCGACUUUACCAAGUGCACACUUGGCCUGCGUAGCCUUCGCCUGCAGAACAUGGCUAAGCGCUUUCUCGGCAACACGACGGCGGCAGUCUAUGGUGCGCUUCUGCAAGCGAUUGAAGGUAAGACUCAUUCCCUACACGUUGAGACAGACCCGGCACAGGAUGAGGAUGAUGAUCCGGAGGAUGCGCUUCCCGUUGCGAAUACGAGGGAGGUAGCUGAGUUCUUGGUUGUGGGAGUUGAUUUGAGCGGAGGUGGCAAUUACGUCGGCAAGGGUAAGCGUGUACCAAACGGUGCGGGCAAGAAGAGGCGGAAAAAUGAAGUCAUUGAAGACGUGGAGGAUGAUGAGCUCGAAGACGAUGGAAGUCAUCCGACCACGGACGGCCACAUGUCCUACCGCGACUCUGCAAAACGUUUUGAAGAUAUCGAAGCUCACCUCCGACUCCUGGAACAACACGACAAAAUCUUCUGCAAGUACACUCGACCCGGCAUACCACUAAAAGGCUGGCGUAUACCGUUCGGUAACCUGAUUGAGACUCUUCUGAACGACGAACUCGACGCCACAAUAAAUGCACUUUACGGUAAGAUCCCACUCCGCCUCAUCCGAAUCCUCCGCGACAGAGGCAAGCUCGAAGAGAAAGCCAUUGCCUCGAUCGCGAUGAUGCGCAUCAAAGACGUCCGAGGCGUUCUGGCCGAGAUGCAGCAUGCUAGCUUAGUGGAUGCGCAAGAAGUGCCCAAGGAGAAUCAGCGCCAACCAAGCAAGAACAUCUAUCUCUGGUACUUCGACACCAAGCGCGCGCAGAGUCUGACGUUACAGCAUACCUACAAAGCCAUGGCAAGGACUCUGCAGCGCACGGACGUCGAAAGGGAGGAAUGCAGGACGAUUAUCGCGAAGGCAGAGAGGACGGAUAUCAAGGGUAAUGAGGCUGAGAAACUUCAGCAAGGGGAGAAGCAGGCGUUGAGGGCUUGGAGGGAGACGGAGGAGAGGUUGCUCACGCAGGUUGGGAGGUUGGAUGAUGUGGUUGCUGUUUUGCGCGAUUUCAGCGGGACGGACACUUCUCUGCUCAGCUGA